UUUACAAACCAGACGAAGAAGAAACGCCGAGUGUUGUGUUUAUUGAUAUCGGAGGGAGAAAAACAGUUUAAUUGUAGUUGAUCCGCUGGAGGCGAGCUGUCAGUGUCACUGUCAGGGUCUGAUGUGAACUCUGACAUCGUUUUCUUUCUUUCUCUUUUCUACAUUUCUUGACCCAGAAGAUGUCCUUCUGUACGUAUAGAUCUGCUGUGAACCGACUCGUCAGUUCAGCACACAAAGGGUUUCCAUGCUCACACAUUAAACUCUAUGCUCUUAGAAGGCCAGCAAGAUAUAAAGCCUAUCUACUCUCUGCAGUGCAAGUCAGACUGUUCUCAGAGAGUGUUGUGUGUUUUGCCUCAAAGGAAAACACUCCAAAAGACGGCUCCAAAGAUGUCGGAAAGAACGGUGCAACAGACACAUUUGGGAAGAGAUCUAUGGGCUCAGGAAGCUCAGGCAAAGGAGGAAGUCAGCUACGUUGCCCCAGAUGUGGAUACACAUGCACUCAUGUGGAGACGUUUGUGUCAUUCACACGUUUUGUGAAAUGUGAAAGGUGUCAUCACUUCUUUGUGGUGCUUUCUGAAAGUGACUCUCGGAUGGGUCUGAAUAAGGAGGCAGAAUCUGCUGCUGAAUCAGUUAAAACAGCUUCUGCCCAGAAACCUCCCCCACCCCCCAAAAAGAUCUAUGCCUACCUCGAUAAUUAUGUUGUUGGCCAGUCAUAUGCAAAAAAGGUGCUGUCAGUUGCAGUGUAUAACCACUACAAACGGAUCUUCAACAACCUUCCAAGUGGACAAAUAGGGACUGAGAAGCAGAUCUCUUUCAUUCCCCAGGAGCUGGAAAUGAGAAGGCGGGAAGAUGAAUACAGAUUUACAAAGCUGCUCCAGAUCACUGGGAUCAGCCCGCAUGGCAGUGCUCUCGGUGCAUCCGUUCAACAGCAGGUCACUCAAAAAGCUGUGCCAGAAAAAAGAGGAGGUGAGGUGCUGGACUCUACCCAUGCUAACAUCAAACUGGAGAAGAGUAACAUUGUGCUGCUAGGCCCUACUGGAUCAGGUAAAACACUUUUAGCGCAGACUCUGGCACGGUGUUUGGAUGUUCCCUUUGCCAUCUGUGACUGUACCACACUGACCCAGGCAGGCUAUGUAGGUGAGGAUAUCGAGUCAGUAAUUGCGAAGCUGCUGCAAGAUGCCAAUUACUCAGUGGAGAAAGCCCAGCAAGGAAUAGUGUUUCUGGAUGAGGUGGACAAGAUCGGCAGUGUUCCAGGAAUACACCAGCUCAGAGACGUAGGAGAAGGUGUCCAACAAGGUUUGUUGAAGCUCCUGGAGGGCACCAUUGUGAAUGUUCCAGAAAAGAACAGCAGGAAGUUGCGAGGAGAAACUGUACAGGUGGACACAACCAACAUCCUGUUUGUGGCAUCAGGAGCCUUCAACGGGCUUGACCGAAUCAUUAGCCGCAGGAAAAAUGAAAAAUACCUUGGAUUUGGCUCACCCUCUAACAUGGGGAAGGGACGUCGUGCAGCAGCAGCAGCUGACCUGGCCAAUAGCUCAGGUAGUGAGCUGGAUGUGGUGGCUGAGAUGGAGGAGAAGGAUCAGCUCCUGAGACAUGUAGAGGCACAUGACCUCAUUGAGUUUGGCAUGAUACCUGAGUUUGUAGGUCGUCUGCCCAUUGUAGUGCCUUUGCAUAGUCUGGACGAGCAAGCACUAGUGCAGAUUCUCACUGAGCCCAGGAACGCUGUAGUGCCUCAGUUCCAGGCCCUCUUCAGCAUGGAUAAGUGUGAGCUGAACGUAACUUCAGAUGCACUCAGCGCCAUUGCCAGACUGGCUCUUGAGAGGAGGACUGGAGCCAGAGGCCUCAGAUCCAUUAUGGAGACGCUACUGUUGGAGCCCAUGUUUGAAGUCCCGGAGUCAGAUAUUGUAUCUGUGGAGCUGGAUAAGGAUGUGAUUUUGGGCAAGACUGAACCACGCUAUAUUCGAGCUGCAACUAAAGAAACCACAGAGGAGGAGUAUGACCUGGCUGAGACAGGCAGAUGCAGCCAACAACUAAUAAUGCAGCUGUGAAACUUUCAAGAUCUUUCUGGACCCUGCAUCAUUAAAGUAAAAAAAAAAAUCAGCAGCAACAUUCUUCUGCCUUCGGGGCUAAACACACCUUAAACCUAAAGCAGACACACUAUUAACAAGAUUCAGCUGAACAAAUCAAAACCUACAUACCCUAUGUACACAGAGUGACUACACACAAUCCAGCAGGCCUUAAUUACUCUGUACAUAGCUAACACUUUAAUGAAUUUAAGAAGAGAUCUGUUCUAUUUUCUUGAGUGAGUUUUGCUGAAUGUGAAAAGAUUGCUUUAGUUGGGAUAAAAAAAAAAAGCCAUUUAAUGUGUGACUAGACAGUUUUCUUCAGUUAGUUUUUUAUUUCUUUAUUCAGCAGGAGUAUUUCAGCUUUGCCUAACGGCAGUGCUGGUUUCUCUACCUCUUUUUUGUAACAGACUACCUAUAAUUGAAUCAACAAACUUCUAUGGAGGACUGUGAUUUUUCAAAACCAUACUCAAGUGUCACACAAGUGUCCUUUUUUUUUCUCAAACGUGUUAUUCACUCUCUUAAUCUCCUUCAUUUCUUAAAAGAUGUACUGUAAUUUUGGUUUGUAUAAUUUUUGAAACAGUCCAGUAAUCUAACAAGUCUCAGUAUUCUUGAUGGUUUAGAAAUACAAUCCGUGUACACACACUUCUGUUGUAAAGAAUUCUCAAAAACGAUACAUUUAUACACAAGUGACAGUAAAUGUUCAUAUAUAUUUUAAUUAUAAUAAGAUUCCUUCUUCCAUUUCGAAUGCCAGCAAACCACCUACACAGCCAUUACAUUUGGAAUUUAUAUGUCAUUAUUUAAAAAUAUAAAUAAAACUUUUACAUAUAGUA